AUGAUGUACUCUAUCCCCUCCAUCACGGCAACCUUGUUUGCUCUGCUGCCUCUCUCUUCCGCCGUGGCAAUCCGCGAUGAGAUAUCGGAGAUCGUAAUCGAUGAAUCCUGGACUGCUGAAGGCAAAGUCUCUGGACCUCUUAUCCCGUACUUCAAGUCCAGCAACGAUGAAUUUUCCGCACAAGCAACUGGAUUCAUCCAUGUUUUCGCUAACCCGGACUUUGGAGGACGAGACCAGUCUCUUUCCAACGAGAUCGGGUUUUGCUACAAUCUCAAAAAUGGCUGGGAUGAUACUAUUACAUCUGUUUUUGCAGGUGAUUGGCCAUACAGAUGUACACUUUGGGAACAUCCAAACUGCGCUGGAUUUGGUGUGUGGGGCAUCGACCCGAGCGGAGUCAAGGACCUGAGAAGAAAUGGUCUUGAUGAUCAGGCAUCCGCCUAUCACUGCUAUUGGAUUUAG